UUUGUCCCUGUGUUCAUAUAGCACUUUUGAACUCUGCCCAGUUUCUCAUAGUACUUCUGGGACUACAGCACGUAUAUCAAGGAAUAGGUAAGACUAAAAACAGCACACUCUUUGCAGUUGCAUCCUGUAGUCCAGAGAAAGGAGUUCUUCAGCAUAUGAAAAAUUAUCUGGCUUCAACCACAGCUUUGUAGCUCAGAGUCCAGCAACUUUACUAACACCGCACUGUACCCUGUAAAAAGCAAAGAAACUAAAACUGAAGAGAAGGAAGGACAUCAAGAAAACACCUCUAGAGUCUGUUUUUAUACGAUGGACCUGGAUCAGAUGAAAGAGCUGAACCUGGAGUUUACACGGUGUGAACUAGAUGCAGUGGAGGGAGUUUUCCUUACAGAAACAAUACGUGCCAAUUGGAAUAAAAUUUGGAACUUCAAAGCUAGACCUGAUGAUCUGCUCAUCUCAACAUAUGCAAAAGCAGACACCCCUCAAUAGAUUCCAAGGACCCCUCAGACAGUGCCUGCUCAGUUUUUCACUUGAUGAUUUUAUACCAAAAAAAAAUGAGCAAUUCUUCUGUUGCAGAGAACUCAGAAAGAUCACAAGAGGUACGACAUGGAUACAGGAAAUUGUGGAUAUGAUCCAACAAGAUGCAGACCUUGAGAAGUGCAAACGUGCCACCACUUAUAAACGACACCCUUUCAUUGAGUGGUCACUGCCUGAAUCUUUCGGCCCUAUUCCCUCUGGACUAGAAUUAGCAGAAGUGACGCCUUCUCCACGAACACUGAAAACUCAUCUCCCCGUACAACUGGUGCCUCCAUCAUUCUGGGAUCAAAACUGUAAGGUAAUCUAUGUGGCAAGGAAUGCCAAAGACAACCUGGUGUCUUAUUACCAUUUCCACAAAAUGAAUAAAAUGAUGCCUGAACCAGGAACAUGGGAGGAGUUUGUAGAGAAAUUUAUGGAUGGCAAAGUGCUUUGGGGUUCCUGGCAUGACCAUGUAAAAGGAUGGUGGGAGGCAAAAGAUGAACACCGUAUUCUCUAUCUGUUCUAUGAAGACAUGAAGGAGAAUCCAAAGCAUGAAAUCCAAAAGGUGGUGCGUUUCCUAGAAAAGGACCUCAAAAAGGAGGUCCUGGAUAAGAUUGUCGAACACACGUCAUUUGAGAAAAUGAAGAGCAAUCCCAUGGCAAACUACACCAAAGAAUUUGAGGGAAUAAUGAAUCAUUCAAUCUCCCCAUUCAUGAGAAAAGGGGCUGUUGGGGAUUGGAAGAACCAUUUCACUGUGGCACAGAAUGAGAAAUUUGACCAAGAUUAUAAGAAGAAGAUGGCUGGAACCUCUCUGAAUUUCCGCUCAGAGCUCUGAGGAGGGGCCAUGGGAAUUAGUCUCAAAUCUACUAGCAGUUUUCCUUAUAUGAAGCUCACAAAAUACCUGUGCACCUGAAAUGAAUAUUCCCAUAUUUGCUACCUCAGUGAUUUCACAGGGGUGGGCAUCCUCUUACUCUGUGUGAACUUUCAGGUAAAUAUCUAAUUUGAGGUAGAAUUAUGUAGCAAAAUCCGUUCAAGAAUUAGCAGAAGUCCCUUAUGAUUUUACCCCCAAUACGAAGUGGGGGUUGGUAUGAUUUCCCUGAUGGAUGGAUAUUUCCAGAGAUAACCUUUAGUGUUCAUAAAAAUACUUAUGAGGAGCAGGGGGCAGAGGCCAUGAGAUGAGACAGAAGGCACUAUAGAAAUGCAAAAAGCUGUUGCCAUCACAUGCAGUCAGUGUGCUGUGUAAACCUUAAACAAACCUCACUAUCCUUGCCACCAGUGUGGUAAGUAGAUACUAUUGGCCCCAUUUUGCAGAUAGCAAAACAGAGAUGAAUCUGAAAAUGUACAGCAAGCGUAAGAUCUGAAUUUUUACAUUUGGCUUCCUAAGGUUAGGCACCUGAACCUUCACUGAACAAUCUAACUAAAAUUGGCCUCUUCAAAGGUACUGAGCGCCCACUCAGUAUUAUCAACUAAACAUGAUUUAAGUGCUAAAUUGUGACAUUCUGCCACAGACCAAUGCUGCAGAUGCAGAGCCAUGCUACCUCAGCAAUGCAUUGGGAAACACAAUGUCUCCUAGAGCUCCUCAGCUGUAGAGAAGAGUCAGCCCUAGAUGCUCACUUAGAGGGGGCAUAAGAAUGACAGCUGCCAUACCGGUCCUGACCUCCAUUGCUGUCUCCGAAACAAAGUAGUUGUUUCACUUCUGCCCUUACAUGUCCAGAAAGGUCUGAGGCAGGGGUGGGAAAUUAUUUCAGCUGGAAGGCUACUUAACAAGUUUUGGUGAGCUGUCACGGGCUGCACAUACAAAAUCCUUUAGAAGAUAUCAUUUUAACAAAUUAUAGAUAAAAACAAAUCUUAUACUAAAAAUCAAACAUCUACUAUAAUGUAUUUUAAUUUUAUUAAAAAAAAUAAUUUCUGUCCUGAUUUAUGUUUUUUGA